UUCAUCAUCUCCUCUUCUUUUUUCCCCUCUUUCUUUCUUCCCUUUCCUUGCCGCCAACAUCUCUCUCCCGCACCAUCAUCACCCACCCCCUCUUUUUCUCGCCUUUGUCUUCUCCUUCUCUCUUCUUCCGGCUCGUAAUUAGGGUUUCCCAUGUAGGGUUUUCUAUUGCGUUUUUGUGCUCUUCUUCUCUUUCUGUUCCGUUGUGUUAGUGCACCUCAAGGGAGGGGAGAGGGGAGGGAAGGUCAUCUCCUUGGUUUGGUUCCGUGAGGGAGGAGCGGGGAUUUGUGGCAGGGCGCUUGCGGGUGUUAGCGAUUUCUCGGCUUGGUUAAAUUGCGCUUCCCGAGGCGAGUUGAUUGCCUUUUCGAUGAAAAUUUGGAGUUGCGAGGUUUGGGACGCGUUGGUGAUUGCACAGGGCUUUGGGAGGUGAAUCUUUAAGAAUCGUUGGGGUGGAGCGAGACUUAUUUCAUGUACGGAAUGUAUGAAAAUGGUCAAUGACAAACUGUGACAAAGUCAAAGUGAGGGUUAGCUCACUUUGGUUUGGUUUCCAAGCUGGUCGUUUUUAGUUGAGGAAGCAUUCGAAACUGAGAUCGUUCUACGACGAUCUGGCGUCAAAUCGCUGUGUUUCGUCUGGCGCCUGUUGCAAAUGGAGGGAGAUUUCUUGUAACGCGCGUCUCAUUGAAGGGUAUCCAGCAGCUGCAGAAAGCAUCUGAAUGUCGAGAGUGGCGGAUUCUGGGAGUAAUUAGUGAUCAAAUGUUAAUUUCCUGGAAAUGCGGACGAGAGGAGCUACAGGUUUGGUGAAAAUGAUAGGAAAGUAACAGGAGAAGACCUCUACAAGAGGCUUUUUGGGUCUCUUUAGAAACUGGCAGGGAUGUCGUUAGCAGAGCAGGAAUCCUCGCUGAGGCGCGAGAGGUCAAUGAGUGGCCGAGCAAAUGUACUCGCAGAAAAUGCCUCUGCCUCCUCUAACAUUUCUCGGGCACCUAGUCAACGUGAUGGUCUGGGUCUGGGUGGUGGAGGCGGGCGUGUGCCUGGGGGCAGCCAGCGACCACGCCAGCAGGUCAAGAAGCAUCCUGAGCCUCUUAGGCGGGCUGUAGCAGAUUGCCUAUCGUCCUCCCACCAUGUUUUUCCGACUGAAGCUCUCCGCACUGUGCAGGACUAUCUUGCAAAUUCAAUGACGGUUGACUCAGCGUACAGCGUGCUCAUUGAUCAUGCUCUUGCUGAGAGAGGUCGCAGCCCACCUGUGAUUACCAAAUGUGUUUCGCUUCUCAAGAAGUACCUUUUUAGAUAUUAUCCGCGAGCUUCUACUCUUCGACAGAUUGAUGCAUUUUGUGUGAGUAUCAUUGCUGAAUGCAAUGCUUAUUCAGAACCUGCCAGUAAGAGAUCGUACCCUUGGGUGCAACCUGUCAGUGACAUGUCCAACUUCCGCGUUACUGGCAUGUCACCAGGUAUCACAACCUCCACAUUUGCCUCAGCUGCUCUAGUCAAAUCACUGAAUUUUGUCCGUGCCCUAGUUUUGAAGCACUUGCCAAACCAUGGCUAUGGUGGGGCUAGUUCUCCUAGCCUUUCUAAACCCCUUACACCGGCAACGAUGGGCUCACCACGUCCUGGGAGUUUGAAGCGCGGAAUGCUACAGGACCGGGACCGGUCCAAAGUGGCGGUAAACGGUAUGGAUGGACUCGAGGAAGUUGAGCACGAAGAUUUACUUUAUGUUGCUGUGGAUGUGCUAAAAUGGCGGUGGGCAGGCAGUUCAGGCCAGCUUCCAUGGGCACCUUCUCCGGUCAUGUUGGAUAGUGGGGGCAUUGCAAGACCUCAUGUGGAGCGUUUGCCUCAUCUUGGAGAGCAAGGAGCUGCUGCUCUUUUACUCAGAGGGAUAGAUCGCAAGGACAUGGGGUCUGCUAGUAAGAAACAGGUUGAAAGAAAUAAGAUCACAAGUCUUGAAGGAGGUAUUCUUACAGAGCAGGUGCUGCGACCAUCUUCUCUGACUUCUGUAUCAGACCAUGGUGCUGCGAGAUCUCAUCUUCGAGCCAUUGCUGCUGCUAAGAGGAAAAAUCAACCAUCUCCGCGAUGGGAUGGAGAAACUGCUGCAGGCACUGCACGUAGGAGAGCACGGCCGUUGUUUCAGUAUCGCUACUACAGUGAGCAGCAACCUUUAAAAUUAAGCGAGGCAGAGAUGGAAGAAGUUGUAUCAGCUGUUUGCGCUGAGGCGAUUACAGCUGGCAGCACUGCUUCUACUCCGGCCCAUGGCACCCAGGCUGGCAAAGUGGCUGUGGAAGCUGCUGAUGUUGCUGCAAGUGUUCUUAUCAAGCUUCUUAUUGACAUGUACAUGGCCGAUUCCCGAGCUGCAGCUCCUCUCACUUUGUCUCUACUACAGGGAAUGCUGAGUUCUCCCCAAGCAGCUGUCAGAGUUCGUGCCUUUGAUUUAGCUCUCAACCUCGGCGUUCAUGCCCACCUUUUGGAGCCAAUGCAAAGUGAUGAUCAAUCUUUUGUUGAAGAACCUAGUCAGCCGUCUGGUUUGACGGGUGGUUCAUUUUCAUCAGUUUUGUCGGCAGGAGAUUUGGCUGUUAAUGAGAAAGAUAAGAUUGCUCAAGAGAAUGGAGGGGUCAAAGGAAUUGAGAAACCGGAAAAAGGAACGCCUGCAGCAGUUGGAGUCUUUGAAGCGUGGUUGCUGGAUAUUGUGUGUGAAAUGCUCCUCUAUCUUGUUCAGGCCGAGGAGACAGAGGAGGGAGUGUGGUCUGCUGCAUUGAGCUGCUUCUUGUACUUGGUUUGUGAUCGUGGACGCAUUUGUAGGAAAAGACUUGCUGGACUUGAUAUUAGGGUACUGAGUUCACUAUUGGAGGUAAGCUGGAUGCACGCCUGGGCUGACGAAGUACACUGCCGUCUCAUACGAAUGGCAUGCAAUCUUUUGUAUCGCCAGCCUGAGGUAGCAGCAGGAGAAAUUCUUAGCAGGCCAUCACUUGACCUGGAUCAGCUGUAUCUCAUGGGCGGCGUUGAAGUCAUCUGUAAUGAGUAUGCUAGGGCUAGAACUGCGGAAUCAAAACAAAAUCUGUUCGCCGUACUAUUAGACUUUGUCCUUCAUGAUUUACAGCAAGCAGCAACAAUUUGUGAAAAAGAACCACCAAGUAUCGAAGAAGUGCAAGCUGUUGUUUCGGCACUGUGCUUAGCAGAUGCACCUGAGUCCUUCGCUCUAGCAUUUAAGCAGGGUCUACAGGGUGUAGGCGACAACAUCGCCAAGUCGAUAGGUACCGCUAUGUCUCGGGAUGUGACUAAUGGACGUCUGAAUGCCCAGUUGCUGGAUGACAUCACGGCAUCAUUAGAUGCGCUUGCUACUGCACAUGUGCACCCUGAUUCAAGUUUUGAGCAUCUGAUUAAGGCGACUAUGAUGAGUGAGGGACUUACCAAUGCUGACGCUGGUGGCGGUAGUCCUAUUUCCCGGGAAAAAGCUCUUGAUUCAGCUGUAGUAACCAAGGCUUGGGCGACACUCAGAACCCUUCUUCACUCACCACAUUCUAUUUGUCGUUCAAAUGGUUAUGCAUGGCUACUAGAGCUUCUUUGUGCAGAAAUGGCUCGUGGAGGUUCCAAACAGUCGAGUAAAUUGAACACUCAUGCUUUGCAGAGACAGCUGUCUCUGCUGGGAAGUUUAGAACGUGCUACUGAAGCAGGCACUCCUCAAAAGACAAGCGAGACGCCAACUAUUUCAUCAGCUGCUCGGCUGUUGUGCGGUUUAUUGAAAGCAAAGCAGCCUGUGGUACGGCGGGGUUUUGUUCUUAUACUUGAAAAGCUCUUGUUACACUGUCAGAGACCAGGAUUGGAAAUAGAGACUCCAAUUUUUGCUGGAGAAGGGGAAACCAAGGAUGGUUCUAGAAGUUCAGGAGCUCAAGACCGUGCACUCGCAAUGUUGGGACUUAUGAAUGGUGCUUUGUGGCAAGUUAUCUCUGCUAAUGAUACAAACCGCAUCAAUAUCUUGCAGAUGUGCAAUAUGAUGUUUUCUCAGCUGUGUGUGAAAUGGCCUCCGGCUGAAGAGACUCCAACAUGUAGCAAAGAAACAUCCAGUGGGACGCCAGAGACAGUUACCAGACGAGAUCAUGAAAAGAGUUUAGAUAUCUCUACACCUGAAAGGACUGCUACAAAUGAUAAUAUGAUCAACAACAAUCUCACCAAUGUUAACGGAGAUCUUACCAACUCGGCGAACUAUGGGCAAGUCAGUUCGAUGGCUACAAUGUUACUAAAUGGACAAGCUGCAUCUUCGAAGUCUUUAGUUGCUAACAUGCCUACAGCGUUACUCUAUUGGCCACUGAUGCAGCUUGCAAGUUCCGCCAACGAAGAUGUGGCUCUUGGGGUUGCAGUUGGAAGUAGAGGAGGAGGAAUUGUAGAGGGUGGAGCAUGUGACGUUCGUGCAGCACUUCUGUUGCUUCUUAUUGGAAAGUGUAGUACGUAUCAAGCCGCCUUGGAAGAGGUUGGUGGUGAAGAGUUUUUCAGGGGGCUUUUGGAUGAUUCAGAUGCGCGUAUUGCAUAUUACACAUCUGCAUUUUUACUGAAGAGGAUGAUGAGAGAAGAGCCCGAGGCGUAUCAGCACAUGCUUCAUAACCUAGUCUUUAAGGCUCAACAGAGCAACAACGAAAAACUACUGGAGAACCCUUACCUUCAAAUGCAUGGUAUCCUACAGCUGUCAAGUGAAAUGGGGAACACUCUUUGAUGAUCUGUUUCGAGGAUAGCUUGUGCUGUGCUGUGAACAUUCGAAGUAUGCAAGCUGACCAAUACAUAUGAUGAAAUCGGCUGUCAUAUUGUUCGAUACUACAGAGUAGUUAGCAGUCAGCGGUUCUGCAAGUACUGGAGGUGAUUGCUUUUGCUAGCGUUAUGUGAAGAUUUUCCAUGGAAAUGCAUUACUGGGAUAAGUGAUCCCCUUUUCAAUCUCGUUGACGGCGUGACUUGAUUCACCUGCAAUAACACCCCCCCAACUCUACAACCUGGUAUGAAAGGUUUGCCAAAGAGGAAACGUUUUUUGUCCGCAAUUAUAAUUAAGCAGGGAAGAGCAGCCCUAUCCUAUUGAGAUGUAAUUUAUUAUGCAUUACUGAAUUGAAGACCAUCUAGACUUCCUUGGAUCUUCCCGUAUGGUCCACAAAGCUCCAUUUCAGAAGGGCCAUAUGUGCAAUAAAGCGCCAAGUGCUUCGCUGCAAGGAGGCAUGGUCUGCAAGCAUUGUUUUUGGAUCAAACUACUCCAAUUUUGAAAGGAAUCGGUAUAGCUUAUUUGGAACUGUCACUUAAAGGUAUGUUUUCAGAGUAGCAGUUUUAUCUUUUACUUGGGUAUAUGUAUUGAUUGUGACUGUAAAUUAAUCUGGAUAUCAGGUAUAGAGGGUGGUCCUUGAUCAGUACCUUACAUUGCAAGGAAUAUUCCUCUUACGUAUAAGUAGAUGGAUUGAUCGUCUCUGAUUGCUUAAAGAGUAACCGAGGCUGUAAAUUAUGUGGUAUUAUGCUUUGAAGGCGGAAUAAAAGUCUCGUACGGAUCACUGUGCAACGGGCUGUUGAUUCUCCUCCUAUUUUA